AUGAGCCCAUCGCUCCUUGCGGAGGAAUACGUCAGUCCCGGAUCUCCUCCCCUGAUCUUCAUUACAUUGCAGACGGGAGCUACUCUAGUGAGAUCUUACAUUCUGCAGGGAUUUGAACGUCGCCUGGCUCGUGGACGUACUCGUACAAGUAGUAUUCUACGAUUCAUUCCUUUUUUUUUUCUUUUUGCGUCUUGGCCUGAUGAAUCCGAAUUUUUGGUUCGCUCUUUUUGCCCUCGACCGGAGCUGUGUGUUUUUUUUCCUCUUUCGCUUUUUUCCUUCCUUUUUUUACCCUUUGUUCCCCCCACAUACGGAGUGCUCGGCUUCAUAUAUCAACCCUCGCCUCCCUCCUCUUUCAGCUUUCACUCAUCUCACUUUGCAUCUCAUCCUACCUUCAUCAUGGCGACCAAGAAGCCCAACAUUCUCUAUAUCAUGGCCGACCAGAUGGCCGCGCCCUUAUUGUCCAUCCAUGAUAAGAAUUCGCCCAUCAAGACCCCCAAUCUCGACCGCCUGGCCGAGGCCGGCGUUGUCUUCGACUCGGCCUACUGUAACGCACCACUGUGCGCUCCCUCGCGCUUUGUGAUGGUCAGCGGACAGCUUCCAUCCAAGAUCGGGGCUUACGAUAAUGCGGCGGACCUGCCCGCGGACACCCCGACAUAUGCUCACUACCUCCGGCGCGAAGGUUAUCACACUGCCCUGGCGGGCAAGAUGCACUUCUGUGGCCCGGAUCAGCUUCACGGCUAUGAACAACGUCUCACCAGUGAUAUCUACCCCGGUGAUUACGGCUGGUCCGUCAAUUGGGAUGAACCCGAUAUCCGUGCCGACUGGUAUCACAACAUGUCCUCCGUUAUGGAGGCUGGCCCUGUUGUGCGCACUAACCAAUUGGACUUCGACGAGGAGGUUAUCUACAAAUCCACCCAAUAUUUGUACGACCACGUGCGCCAGCGCAACGAACAACCCUUCUGCUUGACCGUUUCUAUGACCCAUCCCCACGAUCCAUAUGCCAUGACCAAAGAAUUUUGGGACCUUUAUAAUGACGUCGAGAUUCCACUCCCGAAGAAUGGAGCGAUUCCCCACGAUCAGCAAGACGCGCAUUCCCAGCGCGUGCUGAAGUGCAUCGACCUGUUCAAUAAGGAAAUGCCGGAUGAUCGUAUCCGCGCUGCUCGCCGUUCCUACUAUGCUGCUUGCACAUAUGUUGAUACGAACAUUGGCAAACUGCUCAAGGUACUUGACAACACCGGGAUGGCUGAUGACACCAUCAUUGUGUUCACUGGUGACCACGGUGAUAUGCUGGGAGAGCGUGGGCUGUGGUACAAGAUGACCUGGUUCGAGAACUCGGCUCGUGUUCCUUUCCUCGUGCAUGCUCCCAAGCACUUUGCUCCUAAGCGUGUCUCAGAGAAUGUCUCCACAAUGGAUCUACUCCCUACAUUCGCCGAGUUGGCAGGCGCCAAGCUGAUCUCCGAACUACCCCUUGAUGGCGUUUCCUUGGUACCAUACUUGACCGGUGGAGAGGGUCUCCGCACAGAUACGGUCUAUGGCGAGUACAUGGGAGAGGGCACCCAAGCCCCGCUGAUGAUGAUUCGUCGCGGCCGCUGGAAGUUCAUCACCUCCGCCAUCGACCCACCCAUGCUUUUCGAUUUGGUCAACGACCCCGAAGAACAGGUCAACCUGGCAGCCGGUUUAUCCGUUAAAGCCAGCGCCAUCGUCGGAAAAGACGGUCUGUCAUCUGCAGUCAACCUUCCGACACCAAAUGAUACCCCUCGCGCAUCGCCAAUUCCCCAGCGUGCCUCGGCCACCUCAUCUGAUUACCCCUUCCCUUCACCUACUCCCCCACGAACUCCCAGCCCUGCCAAGCUUCCUCCCGCCCUGCCCAAUACGACAGAUCCAGCCAAGAUUCUUGCCUUUUUUAUUGAGGAAACCAACAACCGUUGGGAUCUCGAGAAGAUUAGACAGGACGUCCUGCGCUCGCAGCGCCGCCGCCGUCUUGUCUACUCUGCUUUGAUCCAAGGCACCCCAUCAAUUUGGGACUAUGAGCCUCGUGUGGACCCCAGCACCCAGUAUGUGCGCAACCAGGGCAAGGGUGCCCUCGACGACGUGGAGUUGAUCUCUCGCUGGCCUCGUGUGCUGCAGCAAGCUGCCAAUGCCAACGGUGUUCCCACUUGA